AUGCCGUCUUCUCGGAAUGUCGUCCAAUCGGUCACCAAGUCAUUACUAUCUACUGCGAUUGGCAUCGCAAUUGAAAAAGAGUUCUUCACUCUGAAUGUUUCGGUAUCAACGUAUGUGCCGGAACUCACCGAUACACCUUACGGACAGAUUUUGCUGCAGAACCUCGCCGAUAUGACUGCAGGAGUUGAGCCUCCAAAUGGAACUGACGUUCCCAAUUUAUUCACCGACAUUUACCCGAUCACUGAUCCAGAAGCCGUGCUGGAUUUUUUCAAAACCUACCAGAAGGUGGCUGAGCCCGGUGAAGUUUUCAGUUACCAUGACGAAAACUACUACGUUCUCGCCCUCUCUCUCACGCGUGCCGUCGAAGUACCACUAGGAAACUGGAUUACUAAACACAUUUGGGAGCCAUCAGGGAUGGGAUACGAUGGAUUUAUGCGAACAACCGGAGCGCACCAGGUUGACGGCUAUGGGGGAUUAGCUAUCGCCUUGAAGGACAUGGCCCGCUUUGGCUUGUUUGUCCUAGAUUAUUUCCAUGACAUAGCAGGACCUGAUGUGCCAAAGCGCUGGUUCGAUAAUAUUGCCGAUGCGACUACAAGUACAGGGAUUCGUGCUCCUGGUAACAUCAAAGAGGUACCAAAUUCGGGUUAUCAAACUGGGUGGUGGACUAUGCCAAGGGAUGAGGAUACGUAUCAGCUAUGGGAUGACCGUGGGUUCGCUGCAUUGGGGACAUAUGGCCAGGCAAUCUAUAUCAUUCCGGACAUUGACGGGGUUAUUGCCAUGCAGUCAAGCUACCAGAUUCAUUAUGCCGACCUCUUUUGGUAUGGCCCAGAGUUUGUGACAGCUGCCGCUGUAGCAGUAAAACAUUAG